AACCGAGGUUGUAUAAUAUGAGCAUGAUAGGAUACUUGAACAAUGAAAUUCUUCAUACAACUCGCGAUAUGACUGCAAUAAACGGUACUGAACAGUAGUCGAUGAAAAAGAGGACUAUGCGAAUCCUGUGCAUUAUAGCUGCAAUUUCUCAAAUAAGUUUCAUUUUCAUGGUAGUAUGUGGCUACAUCACUAUUGGAGUUGAGAGUCGGACAGAUGAUCCAGAGAAUAAAGUGGAAGAGAGUUCUAUAGAAGACAAUGUGAAAACAGAAUAUCAUGAGAAACCCGUGGGAGUUGUAACAAAAGUAGAAUCAGAAAAUGCUUUUCAGAAAAAACACCCACCCUCUACUGCGAGAUGGUGUCGUGAUGUUUGGGAACAUUUUUCUCCCGAACUUGAUAUACCACCCUAUUCCGACAUAUCUGCUCCAGAGUCUUCCAGUUAUGAAAGUUCCGAUUGA